CAAGAGCAGUUGAAUUUGUGAAUCCAAAUAUUAUAGCAUUUCUUUUAACCAUUUUCUUGACAAAGAAAAGAGUACACUCUUCCGAGGGAUGUUCCACGAGGAAUCUUCUUUUGCUAAGUAAUUGUCCUGUUAUUGGACUAUAGGGACACUGAAACACGUUUUUCCACAGAAUCAUGAAAGAUAAACUGAAUCAAAUCUUUCUAUAAAGAGUUUUGCUUUUGGCAUCAAGCUUCAAAUCUGCAUUAAUCACUCAUUGCAGAGAUGGCAAAGUCUGAUGAAAAGAUAACUCUGAAGAAAGGGCCAUGGAAUCCCGAAGAAGAUCGUAAGUUGAUAGCUUAUAUAACUAGAUAUGGAAUUUGGAACUGGUCACAGAUGGCCAAACCAGCAGGAUUGCAAAGGUCAGGGAAGAGUUGCAGACUUCGGUGGGUGAAUUAUCUAAGGCCUGGGCUUAAGCAUGGGAAUUUCACAAGGGAAGAAGUGGAAACAAUACUUGAUUUACAUCAAAAGCUUGGAAAUCGAUGGUCAGUGAUUGCAUCAAGGUUGCCUGGGAGAACUGAUAACGAGAUUAAAAAUUAUUGGAAUACUCACUUGAGCAGACGUUUGAAACACGAUUUAGUGCCAAAAACUGAAUCUUUUCAAAUUCCCAUCAUCGAAACCGAACCGAAGAGCUCAUCCGAAAUUGUUCUCCCACCAGGAAAUGCUCCAAAAGCAUCAAAUGCAGAAACCUCUGGUGCUAUCCAGCUGCCUUUAUGUAGCUCCAACCCUGCAGGGGAAAUUGACAAAAGCAAAACAUUUGGAGAACUUCAAAGCAUCCUGGAACAAUCAUUCUCUGCACAGGGAUCAUACAAACACUACAAGAAAAUGCACUUUUAA